UCCGCAGGCUGGAACGUGAGCGGGGAGGCCUGGACCGGCUACCGGACCCAGAGGCCCUCUUGAAGAUGAGCGGCUGCUCCUUUCCAGCCUCCCGGCUGUUACCCUUUUAAAUGUCAGCAUUCGAGGCUGUAGGGGUAGCACGAGGCAGCGAAACGGAACAGUCGGAUUGGCCGCACGCCUCAGUUCUAGACGCACCUCUCCACCGAAAGGCCCUUCUGACUGGCAGGGGGAGAAAGUAAACAGAGUUGAAUCACCCUCCCCACCGGCCAAUUGGAGGGGGUUUGGGUUGUGACGUGAUGGGAUUCUGCGAAAUUGUUACUGAGCAAGAGAAUGCCGGAACGGUGCGGACCGGCAAGAGAAGGGGCUCCGAAGCCGUCCGCGGACUGGGGGAAAAGUAUCUCUUAGACCUGGCACCUGGUCUGGCCCUUGCCACCUGCGUCGGGGUGAUCGGGUGAAUGUCCUGGGGCUUUGGCUCGACGGAGAGGCGGCCGAGGGCGUGUACCUCUCUUGCAGUUUCCUCUCCCAGCGCCUCGGGGGCGUUUUCAGUCGAAUAAACUUGCGACCGCCACGUGUGGCAUCUUUCCAAGGGAGCCGGCGAGGAGCAGCCGGCGCGCCCGUCGGGGGGAUCGCGCCCGGCGCGGGGUACGGGCGGCGGCAAGAGGCGGCAGCGCGGCGGAGCCCGGGGCCGUGGAUGCUGCGUGCGGAGGCGCUGCCGGUUACGUAAAGAUGAGGGGCUGAGGUCGCCUCGGCGCUCCUGCGAGUCGGAAGCGCCCCGCGCCCCCGCCCCCUUGGCCGCCGCGCCGCGCCGCGCCUCGCCGCGCUCGUCGUCCGAGGCCAGGGCAGGGCGAGCCGAACCUCCGCAGCCACCGCCAAGUUUGGCCGCGCCGCCGGGGCUGCCGUCGCCCGCACCAUGUCCGCGGCCGCCUACAUGGACUUCGUGGCUGCCCAGUGUCUGGUUUCCAUUUCGAACCGCGCUGCGGUGCCGGAGCAUGGGGGCGCUCCGGACGCCGAGCGACUGCGACUACCUGAGCGCGAGGUGACCAAGGAGCACGGUGACCCGGGGGACACCUGGAAGGAUUACUGCACGCUGGUCACCAUCGCCAAGAGCUUGUUGGACCUGAACAAGUACCGACCCAUCCAGACCCCCUCGGUGUGCAGCGACAGUCUGGAGAGUCCGGAUGAGGAUAUGGGAUCCGACAGCGACGUGACCACCGAAUCUGGGUCGAGUCCUUCCCACAGCCCGGAGGAGAGACAGGAUCCUGGCAGCGCGCCCAGCCCACUCUCCCUCCUCCACCCUGGAGUGUCUGCGAAGGGGAAACACGCCUCCGAAAAGAGGCACAAGUGCCCCUACAGUGGCUGUGGGAAAGUCUAUGGAAAAUCCUCCCAUCUCAAAGCCCAUUACAGAGUGCAUACAGGUGAGCGGCCCUUCCCCUGCACGUGGCCAGACUGCCUUAAAAAGUUCUCGCGCUCGGACGAGCUGACCCGCCACUACCGGACCCACACCGGGGAGAAGCAGUUCCGCUGUCCGCUCUGCGAGAAGCGCUUCAUGCGCAGCGACCACCUCACCAAGCACGCCCGGCGCCACACCGAGUUCCACCCCAGCAUGAUCAAGCGGUCAAAAAAGGCGCUGGCCCACCCUUUGUGAGGUGCUACCCGCCGGGGCCAGGGAGGGAUGGACCCCCACAGACAAAACUACUCCCAGCCAACAGACAGACACGGAAACGACGCCCAGAAGAGGCCCCCUGCCAGCACAGGAAGCCACUGUUCUUUGGUCAAUAUUCUAAUUUUCCUCUCCCUGCAUUGUUUUUCAAAAGCACAUGGUAGCCUAGGAUCGGUCAACACUUGGUCCCCUUGCAGAGGCAACUCUGAACCGUCUCUGACUGUUGGAAGGAAGGCAAAUGCUUCUUUUUUUUUUCCUCCUUUACUUUUUUGGGGGAGG